ACUAAAAACCACAGAAGAAGAAUCUUCCUCUAUGUAAACAACGCUGACAAUGGAGGGACAGGCUGGUAAUAUGUCCUAACCAGAGGGAUGUCUUCAAAGUGAGCAAACAUAGGGCCGACCCCGCUUCUUUAGGCAUUAACCUUAAAAGCGGCCAGCAUGGAGGAGUCAUGGGACUUUGAGUUCCUUUCCCGCAUCGCUGACGGCUGCCUGUCGUUCCUCUCCGAGUUCGUGGACGACUGGCUCGCCAACGACAUGAGGGUCUCCAUUUUCAAAAUCCUGCUCAGCUGGCUGAUCUUCAGCCUCGUCGCGAUCCACUUCGCGUGGAAGGUCUACGGGAGCACAGUGAACGACAUGUAUUACCGACAAGGGGCUGGACAGAACGGAGGAACCCCCGAGGCAGCGGCUCACCUCAGCGGAUGGGAGAGUAAAGCUGGAGAUCCUCUGAAGAGCCACCGGGAUUAAGAGGACAUCUGGGCUGGAUGUUUCCACGUCAGAGAUGCUGAAUGAACAGGAGCAUUUUUGAUUAUUUUGUGGAUAUGAACAGCUAUCAGGUUUUUUUUUUUUCCAGCACUGGUUUCUCUGCAGGACACGUUCUCCGCUGGAAGGAAUCAAAUCAAUUGUGUUGUCAGAGUGGAUCACUUGUGGUUUGAGUUAGUGCCAUAUUCAUAAAACAUAUUUUAUGAAUAUGUUUGGGAUUAGUGGAGCUGGAUGAGCAGUGACGGUAUAUGCUGUGUGUAAAUAGUUAUGGCAAGAAUACUACGAAGCAAAAGAUGUGUGUGGCCAGUUUUAUUUAUACAAUUUGAUAAAUAAAUUCUCCUGUGUAAAUCAUUGUUUUAUUGUGUUUAACAACCGUCCAGAUUUUUACUCUCUUGCAACUUACUCUGUUUCACGUUUUGUUGCGUCACGACAAACCUCUAUGUAUGCUAUUAGAAUCUCAUAUAACAUAAAUGAGUGUGUAGUUACAAACGUGAAGGAAAAAAAAAAAAAAAUAUAUAUAUAUAUAUAUAUUGACAAAAUUUCUGCCUCCCUGAGCCAGAACUUUCUAAAGUCCUCAUUUGGUGCAGAUAUGGCUGGUUAUGUCUCCUCCAGCUCCGUCAAUCUAAAGAAGAAAUUUUUACUCAUUAUUCUUGGUAAAAUAGUUUAAGUUCAGUCUAACUGGAUGGAAAGCAUCCAUGAGCAUCAAUUUAAAGUGUUUUCAAAGAUUCUGAAUUAGAUUUAUGCCUGGACUUUGACUGGGCCAUUCUAACACAUCCAUAUGUUUUGACCUGUAUUUGCGUCCAUACGUCUUCCCAUUGACUGAGCAGCUUUCCUGUCCACGCUGAAGAAAAGCAUCCCCACAACAUGAUGCUGCCACCGCCAUGUUUCAAUACAUGGAUAUUAUGGUCAUGUGUAUUGUUAGAUUUCUACCACAUGGAGCAUUUUCUAUGUUAAUUAACUAUAAUCUCGUCUGACCUGUGCACCUUCUUGAUGUUGGUCAUGUCCUCUGUGUGACUUGUGGAAAACUUUAAACUGGACUUAGUCCAGUUUAAAGUCUUGCAACUCUGAUUAAAAGCAGAUUUGCAGAGGACACAGGGGAUUGUUGUCCUGUCCAGGUUGUUUUAUAACCUAAUGUAGGAAUGGAAGAUAUUGGGGAAAAAAGCAUAUCAAUAGAAAUCAUAUUGAUCAAUAUCGAUAGUUAUUAACAAAUUCAAAACGUAUAUUUUAACUGCAGCCCUGGCCAUUUUAUGCUGUUGCUUAGCAACCUAUUUUUAGAUACAGAACACGAACACUGAAUUCAAACUUGAACCUUUAUUGAACAAACUUUUUCCGAAAGGUUUUUAAAAGAUAAAAAAGUGAUCUCUGAACUCUGAUGGUGACGGAGCAUUCCUGGGUCUGCGUUGUGAUUGUUUGGGAAGAUAUAAUGACAUGUCUAGAAUGGAAAAGGAAGGAAAACUUUUUAUUGACCCUUUUUUUCUCCCAUUGAUGUACGCCUAUCGAUCAAAAUUGAAUUAUCAUCCAGCCCUAACCUAACGCUGUGUUGCUUGAUCUUCAUGAUGCUUUUUGUUCACUGAUUUUCUCUAACAAACAUCUGAGGCCUUCAGAGAACCGUUGGAUUUAGACUGAGAGUAAAGAAUUCAGAGGUGGAUUGGAUCCUAUUAACUAAUGAGAUGACUUCUAAAAAAAUUGUUUGCACUGGAUUUUAUUUAGAAGUAUCAAAGCAAAGAUGCCUGAAUACAGUCACUUAAAUCUUCAGAUGUUUACUAUUUAAACAAAUUUCAAAGCAUUCAUUCUUUUUUUUCACUGUAUGAUUUUGCACUGCUUGGUAUUUGUGACAUACAAUUCCAAUAAAAUACACAGGUAUUAUAAUAUGAAAGAAAUUGAAGAUGAUAAAGUGGAGUAAAUAUUUUUGCAUGGCACUGUAUGUAAAUAGUUGAAUGCCAUUAUAAAUGCUACAGCUUGCAUUAAAUUAGUGAAGUGUUGUUGUUUUUUUACCCAGUCUUACAAGGCAGUUCAAUGGCCAAAGUUCCCAACCUGAUCAAAACAAAAAGUGUUUGGCAAAAUAUUAAACAAGUGCACAACCA